AUGAGACUCUUGAUCAACCGCUUGCCCCAAUUGGCGUCGCUCGCCCGUCCCGCCGCCGUGCUUGGCGUGCUGCUGUUUGCCAUGUGGCUGGCCAUGCGCCCCGCCCGCUUACUCCUCAACGACACCUAUGUCACCGCGGGCCAGCACGGCCCCGUCGAGGUGAUCCACGGCUCGGUCGACGGCAAGGACUUCCAGGCAACCAUCAACUUCGAGCAGAUGACCAUCGGCCUGAUCACCGGCAUGGUGUUGGGCGUCAUCGUUGGCAAGCUCUCGCUGGCGCUCGUGUUGGUGACGUUGCUGGCGUACUUUUUGGUGUCGUACCUCGAGAAGAAGGGGAUCAUCUCGGUGCCGUGGAACCAGAUCAUCACCUUGGGCCGGGAGAAGAUCAACGUCAAGCACUUGAUCUUCGAAAAGCCGUCGUUCAAGGUGCCGUUCUCGUUGGCGUUCUUGAUCGCCGCCUACAACGUGCGCUAA